UGAGGUUGGGCCUAUCAAGUAUACCAAUCACCGAAGAAGCAAAUACUAUAGAGACACAGAAGAAACAGAAAAUAAAACAAAAAAGAAAAACAACAAAAUACAGAAAGAGAUAAAAGAAAAGUUGUUAUAAAAGCCAAAUUGAGAACAAUCCGAACAUGUGUCUCUAAUUCACUGUCUCUCUCAAAUCCACCUUCACCUAUCCCACUGGAGACAGAAUAUGGAUUCUAAGAUUGCACUCAGUACGGAAAAACUUGACCUCAACAACCUAAAACCACUCAAAGUUUUAGGUAAAGGAGCAAUGGGAACCGUCUUCCUCGUUCAACAACAACAACAACACAACAACUCUUACAUGGCACUUAAGGUUGUUGAUAAAUCCUCCACUCACGACUCCCACCGUCGAGCCCUCUGGGAAAUCCAUGUCUUAUCCACUUUGGCCCAUCCAUUUCUCCCUUCUCUUUUGGGCUUCUUCGAAACGGAUCAAUUAUUGGGCUGGGCCGUUCCUUAUUGCCCAGGCGGUGACCUCAAUGUUCUUCGUUACCGCCAAACGGAUCAUGUAUUCUCCCCAACGGUUAUCCGUUUCUACUUAGCAGAGAUUCUCUGUGCUCUCGACCACCUUCAUACCAUGGGCAUAGCAUAUCGUGACCUUAAACCCGAAAACAUCCUCAUUCAACAAUCAGGCCACGUCACCUUAACUGAUUUCGAUCUCUCACGCAAACUCUCCCCUAAAACCGUUAAAAUUAAAACCAUCAUUUCAGAAAACCACGAAUCUCGCCGCGAAAUUCGCCACUCGAGGGUCCCACUUAACAGAAAGCCGUUGAAGAAUGCAAAGACAGCCAGAGUUAGUCCAGUGAGUCGACGCGGGUUGAGUUUCUCCGACGGCGAACGGUCUAACUCGUUCGUCGGCACGUCGGAAUACGUCGCGCCGGAGGUUGUUCGAGGCGAUGGACACGAGUUCGCUGUUGAUUGGUGGGCCCUUGGGGUUUUGACUUACGAGAUGUUAUAUGGGAAAACGCCGUUUAAGGGGAAGAAUCGGAAGGAAACGUUUCGAAACGUGCUUUUCAAGACACCGGAGUUUGUUGGAAGGAAAACGGCGUUAACGGAUCUUAUUGAACGGUUGCUAGAGAAGGAUCCUAUGAAACGAUUGGGUUAUUUUGGAGGUGCUUGUGACAUUAAGGAGCAUGAAUUCUUUAGAGGGGUGAAGUGGAAUUUGUUAACGGAGGUUGUACGGCCGCCGUUUAUUCCGUCAAGAGAUGACGAUUAUUUGACGGAGGGUAAAUUAGCUGCGGGAGUGAAUAUAAAUGACUACUUCGAAAAGUUGAAGUCUCCGCCGUCGUUACCUACUUCACCGUCGUCUGAUUUUGAGAAUAGUGUUUCUUUUGCUGAGUUCUGACGCACGUGUGGUUCUUGCACGAGUGACGUGACGCAGUUAAUUACUUAUUAUUCUUUCUUUGUGACUGGGAAAUUCUGUUUGUACAUAGAGAAUAACGCUAGAAGAACUAUACAAAUGGCAUUAGCGUAAUUUGUUGGAAUAUUAUGGUCAUAAAGUUAUGUAUAGCUACAAAAUACGUGUAUUAGAAUUAGAAUUGUACAAUACUACAACUGUUUAUACUUACAUAUCUUCUUAUACACUUUUUAAUGUGUUUUGGAUA